UGCUUUUAUUUAUUACUACUCAACUUUUGCUUCUCCACUGUUUCAGAAAUACAAAAAAAAAUAAUAAGUCCUAUAAAUAUAUUUAACACCUUCUGUUAAAGAUAGGACUGAGAUCUUGCUAUUUCCCAAGUUUGUUGGAAAGGCAUAUAUAUAGAUAUGGAGCAGUGUAACAAACCUAGUUCCUUAUCAAAAGCUGACAGAAAAACUAUUGAGAAAAACAGAAGAAAUCAAUUGAAAGCUCUUUAUUCCGAGCUCAAUUCUCUUGUGCCUCAUCAACAACAUUCUAGGGAAGGUUUAUCGUUGCCUGAUCAACUGGAAGAAGCAGCGAACUACAUUAAGAAACUGCAGAUAAAUUUGGAAAGAAUGAGACAGAGAAAAGAAAGCUUAACAGUUGAUGAAAAUUCAAGUUCAAUUAGGUCAAGCAGUGGGAGAAAGGAAACACAGCCAUUGUUGCCACAUCUUGAAAUAUAUCAUGUGGAUUCAUCUCUAGACGUUGUUCUAAUUACUCGUAUGGAUUAUCAGUUCAUAUUCAACGAUAUUAUACGUAUGCUUCACGAAGAAAACGUAGAAGUUGUCAGUGCUAGUUAUACUCUCAUUGGUGACACCAUCUUCCAUUCCAUACAUUCAAAGGUGGGAGAAUGUGCAACAGGAUACGGAGCUACAAGAAUCUCAGACAGAUUAAAGAAGAUUGUGGGUUCAGGAUCAGGUGCUAGCUAGCAAGCAACUAAAGUACUACUGCUCUUAUUUCUAUUGGCAUGUGUGCUAAAUUAUUUCCACUAUCUGUACUCGGAGCAUUAUUAUUGAAUUUGGACUCUUGGCUUUUCCAGUUUUCAAUCUUUAAUUGAUUGAU